CGCGGAGCGGGCCCGGAGCGACCCCGAGAGCGGCUCCCCAUAGGCCCCGAGCGGCGCCGCCAUGAGCAGCUCCGAGGAGGUUUCCUGGAUUUCCUGGUUCUGCGGCCUCCGAGGCAACGAAUUCUUCUGUGAGGUGGAUGAGGAUUACAUCCAGGACAAGUUCAACCUCACCGGCCUCAAUGAGCAGGUUCCGCACUACCGGCAGGCGCUGGACAUGAUCCUGGACCUGGAGCCAGACGAGGAGCUGGAGGACAACCCCAACCAGAGCGACCUCAUCGAGCAGGCUGCAGAGAUGCUCUACGGCCUCAUCCACGCCCGCUACAUCCUCACCAACCGCGGCAUCGCCCAGAUGUUGGAGAAGUACCAACAAGGGGACUUCGGGUACUGCCCCCGGGUCUAUUGUGAGAACCAGCCCAUGCUGCCCAUAGGGCUGUCGGACAUCCCCGGCGAGGCCAUGGUGAAGCUCUAUUGCCCCAAGUGCAUGGACGUUUACACGCCCAAGUCCUCGCGGCACCACCACACCGACGGCGCCUACUUCGGCACCGGCUUCCCCCACAUGCUCUUCAUGGUGCACCCCGAGUACCGGCCCAAGCGCCCCGCCAACCAGUUCGUGCCCAGGUCAGACACGGGGGGCCCCAAAACCCUGGAACCCCCUUAUAGG